GGAAAACGAGCCGAGAGGCUGCCAUCUUGUCGACGCGCGGCCGCUUUCGCUCUGGGAAACAGCUGUAGUUCGCUUAGCUCCUUUGCUGAGCUGAGUGGCAUCCGCGGAGGACGCCGAUCCGGCGUGGAAAGCGCGCCGUCCGCAAAUGGCCGCUCCCGGGUAGAUUGAUUUCUCCUAGUAGAAUGACAGGAAAAAGCCAGACUUUAAGUUUCCAACUCCCAGCUGUUGUGCAGCCUACAGUGGAUAGCCACGUAUAUCCAUUUGGGAAUGGUAUUAGUUCUGACAGUGAUGUUCUGGAGGAUGAAGUCGAGGUAUAUGAACUGCGACCUCGGGGAAGGGAAAAAACCAGAAGAAGUACUUCACGAGAAAGAAUGGAUGAUAUUGUAUUUAUAACUAAAGAUAUACAAGAAGGAGAUACACUAAAUGCAUUAGCUCUUCAGUAUUGUUGUUCAGUAGCAGAUAUCAAACGGGUGAACAAUCUUAUCACAGAUCAGGACUUCUUUGCAUUAAGAACUAUUAAAAUUCCAGUAAAAAAGUUCAGCCUUCUGACGGAGACACACUGUUUUCCAAAAAAUAGACAGAAUUCAAGAUCUGCCUCUUCUUCAUAUUCUGCAGAAUUCUCAGAUGCAUCACUAGCACCUGAGUUGUUCCCCUCCACUGAAACAGCUGGUAACUUUUUGAAAGAAGUGGACCGUGAUAUAGAACAAAUAGUGAAGUGUAAUGCUACCAAAAGAGAGAAUCUUAAUGAAGUUGUUUCUGCCUUAUCAACCCAGCAGUUAAACUUUGAACCAGAUGGUAAAUCUAUCAGACAAAAAGAUCCUUAUUAUGGUGCAGACUGGGGAAUUGGAUGGUGGACAGCAGUGGUAAUAAUGGUGGUAGUAGGCAUUAUAACACCUGUUUUUUAUCUUUUAUACUAUGAAGUUUUGGUCAAAGUGGAUGUUAGUCAUCAUUCUACAGUGGAAUAUUCACUAGUUGCACCAUCUCAGUCAAAGCCAUUAAAAAUGGGAUAAAACAGCAUAUUUCAUGAGGAUUAGGUUUUCGUUUUACAUGCUAAAUGUCUGAGCAUCCUUUCCAUGUAUUCUGCAAACAAGCAUGAACGUGUUCUGGGUGGAACUGUAAAGUGGCUAUCUCCGAUGGUAAUAUACUGUGUCUGUGGAAAAGUUGUCAAAAUCAAUAUAUUGAAAAAUUAAACAGAGUUUAUCUGGAUCUGCAAAAAUGACGCUGAAAGUUGCCGGCCAGAAAUGGUCGACG